UCCACGUGUAUUUGUAUCACUAGACUAGAAUAGUCGCUAGAUGGCAGAAGAUGCCGAGUCGUUUCCAUUGUAGCUGCGCGAAGAAAACUUGCUGCUUUGUUUAUACUUGUUGCAAUGACGACCAUCACUGAAUUGAAAUGCGCCGUGAGAGAAACGCUGGAGUCCCGCGGAGUGCUGGGCCAACUGAAGGCUCGCAUCCGGGCAGAAGUGUUCGAUGCCCUCGAUGACCAACGCGAACAGCGCCCACCACUGUCCCACGAAAAUCUGCUCAUCAACGAGCUCAUCCGGGAGUACUUGGUGUUCAACAAGUACCGACACACGGCAUCGGUUCUGACAGCAGAGUCGGGCCAGCCCCAAGUUCCCCUGGACAGACAGUUUCUGGCGAGCGAGCUGAGAGUUGCUGAGGAUAUGAGCUCCAAGUCGGUGCCUCUUUUGUAUGGUUUGGUGUCGCACUUCCUGAAUAGCGGUGAUGAUGGAAGGACGGUGUUCCUAAGGGGCACUUCUCUCCCCGGAGGCCCCACUGCGAGCAACACAGGACACGUAGCUGACGGCUAACACAUGAAGCAAAGCACAGUGGACCAAAAAUGUGCCAAUGGCAUAUGGUGGGACUCACCCCAUCAAUCAUCAUCAUUUUUUUAUGAUUUAUGAGCAUAGAGUUCAUAAAUUGUGCUGAUGUGCGUUGUGCAAUUCCAAAUAAAAAAAAAUUUGUUUUA